GAACUGUGCGGACUAAAAGAAAAAAAAAACCUGCAACAUUCAGUGUGUCGGUUCCGGCGGUUGCGUGCGAUUGUAAAAUACGAAUCUGUCGGCAUAGCGAUACGCGUCGUAUAAUUAUUAUUGUCCUCUGUGAACAGUUUUAUUCGUUUCGUGACGACUGCGCUCCACCGCUGCCGGAGAGAAUUCCGUCACAACAACAUUGUCGUCGUCGUUUUCCGUUUGGUCGUGUCCGAUUUACAACGGCGUACAGUGCGCGAGGAGUUCAGCAGCUGACGCGACCCGCGAGAACAAAGACUCGACAAAGCCGGAUCAAGAAUGUAUACCAAACGGGAAAUCGAUAAAAUGCUCAACAAGGCUUUUUUUAAACAAUGUUCAGUUUCUUCAGUAAAAUUAAACGAAGAAGACAUUCACAAUUAUAAAUUGAGCUUAAAAAAGAAUAAAGAUAAUUAUAGCAAUGAACCGGCUAAGAAAAAACCUAAGCUGGAUACAAAUAAAAAAGAUGAUACUGAGGAGGUACCCAUAGUAAUUAAUUACGAAGAAUCAACUGAGUCAUCAAAGUCUCCAGCUAAUAAUGUAAUUUAUAAAAUCCCGAACGUUAAACCUAGGAAAACCAAGUCUUCUUCAGCUAAAAAUAUAUUUAAAAAAAACGAGGUCAUUGAUCCUAGUAUAACCAUGCCUGCAUCAAAACCAAAACAGGGAAUAGCUUCUACUAGUACUAAGGAGGUACCAAUAGUAAUUGAUGACGAAGAAUCAACCGAAUCAUCAAAUUCUUCAGCUAAUUAUGUAUUUCAAAAAAAUCAGGCCAUUGAUCCUAGGAAAACCAUGUCUUCAUCCAAAUCUAAAAACGAAAUUGCUUCUACGAGUACUGAGGAGGUACUCAUAGUAAUUGAUGACGAAGAAUCAACUGAACCAUCAAAUUCUUCAGCUAAAAAUCUAUUUAAAAAAAACGAGGUCGUUGAUCCUAAGAUAACCAUGCCUGCAUCAAAACCAAAACACGGAAUAGCUUUUACUAGUACCGAAGAAGUAACCAUAGUAAUUGAUGACGAAGAAUCAACCGAAUCAUCAAAUUCUUCAGCUAAUUAUGUAUUUCAAAAAAAUCAGGCCAUUGAUCCUAGGAAAACCAUGUCUUCAUCCAAAUCUAAAAACGAAAUUGCUUCUACGAGUACUGAGGAGGUACUCAUAGUAAUUGAUGAUGAAGAAUCAACUGAAUCAUCAAAUUCUUCAGCUAAAAAUCUAUUUAAAAAAAACGAGGUCGUUGAUCCUAAGAUAAUCAUGCAUGCAUCAAAACCAAAACACGGAAUAGCUUUUACUAGUACCGAAGAGGUACCCAUAGUAAUUGAUGACGAAGAAUCAACCGAAUCAUCAAAUUCUUCAAAUGUAUUAGCGAAAAUCUCGGUCAUUGAUCCUAGGAAAAUGAUGAAUGACGAUAAAUAUAUAUGGUACAUCAACGUAUUUUUGGAUAAAAAACCAGUCAGUACCUCUGAUAAGACUGUUAAAAGUGCUUUAAAUGAAAAUUUUAAGUUAAUUGAAAUUGAAAAAUUAUAUAAAAAGUAUUAUAGUAAGUUCGUACAAGAUACCAUUGUGGUUAUUGCUAAUUUAUACAUCAUAUAUGCAAUGACAUAUAUACGAUACGUAGCAAAACUUAGAACAUCGUUGGAGGAUAAAUCUGAAGCUGAAAAACUAAAAAAAACGUAUGAUGCCAAAUUAUUUCACGAAAAACAAACAAAAAUUUUGGAAAAAAAGGUGAAGAUCAAUUUAACAAACGUCGUUUCAUUAUUUUUUGAAUCAGAUUUUGAAAAAGCAUUUAAAAUGUUUUUUCUAAGUAUAUUAACUGUAGUUAGAGUUUUAAAGCAGCCAAAAUUCUGGAAAGGCGACAUAUUCAAAAAUUUGUCACAAUUUUUAUUGAAUUGUUUGAAAAACUAUGAAUUAAACGAUUCUAGAGUUUUUUCGAUGUUACAGUCCAAUGAUUUUCGAUUAGACUGCAUCAAUAUUAUGUUGGAGAUUGAAGGUAGUAAGGAUAAUGACCCUGGAAUCACUGAUCGCUUAACAUUGUUUUUCGUAACAUCAGUAAACAGCCAGAAAUAUUUUCAAAAAAUUGUUGAUGCUAUCGUCAGUGAAUCUGAGGUAGACCUAGAAAUAUUAAUCGAUGAGGCAUCUUUUCAAUGUUGCGUUAAUUCAAUGUUUAAAGAUCCUAUAUAUCCAUCAAAUGUCCAAGAAUCCAUUGACGAAUUACCAGUAACAAGUACUAUUCAAAUCCCUAUCAACUCUGAUGAACAACACAGCGUCAUAGCUAAAAGUCCAGAUGGAACAUUCCAAGAUAUACCCGGGCUAAAUCGUAAAAAGUCCCAAACCAUUGGUAAUACCGCAGUAGAAUCGUCGACUGUAACAAACCAGCCAUUAACGAAGUCAUCCCAUGAAUCACGCACUCAGGAAGUUUGUUCUGAAACGUAUACCCCUAAAGUGAUUCAAAUUACACGUGUGAAGUCGGUGCACUCAACUCAAAAUAACAAUACCGUGGCAAACCGGCCUACAGCUAAAGGUCUCAAUAUUGCAGUUCAUGACCAACAAGUUGGGCCAUCAAGUCGAUUGCAAAUACCUAGCAAUAGUGUUGGUACUGACAACAAAUUUUCUAAGAUACCAUUUCUCAAAUGCUUCUUGAACUCUUGUAAAAACAAUGUAAAUUUAAUGUGCAGUCAUUGUAAAGUGGUGAAAUACUGUUCUCGUGCGUGCCAAAAACGUCACUGGUACUUAGAGCACAUUUAUCGCUGCGAUGAACUGCUAAAAAAAAGGAAACAACUCCAAAAAUCUCGCCUAUAAAAUUAAUUUAACUUAAAUUUAUUUUAAGUUCAAAGUUUUCAUAAAAAUAUUUCUAUUUUGAUUUUUCCAAAAAAUGGAUUACGCCACAGGACUGUUACCUUUUUGCGGUGCCGUGGAGUCCUUUACAUCUUUAAAAUUACUUUAUCCGUAUUAUAAAUCUUGUAAGUCUUCCUACCAAUCCUUAUUUAAUAUAAAACAAACAAAAUGUUCUAAUUUUACUAUAUUUGAAAAAAAACAAAUAUGUGAUUCUUAAUUUAUAAUACUAUUAUGUCAUACCUGCCUGUAAUUUAUUAGGCAUAUUGUCUUUACUUGAUUCACUACUAUUAAUAAUUUUUAUCUUGUAAUAUUAUAUGUCUAAUAUUGUAAAAUGG